GUUAACCUCCUUCCAGAAUUCAGACGGACCGUUUACUAAGUUAUUAGCGUGCCACGGUCUGGCCACGGUUGGGAAGGCGUACGGUCACGGUGUCCUUGGACUUUCACUGAAAUGACAGACUUGGCACGAUAUCUGAUACCCGGAACAGACGAGGCCUUCUAUAUCCCGGACUUUGUCACAGCAGAAGAAGAGGACUUCAUCAUACGGAAGAUCCAUGAAUCACCUUUGCCCAAAUGGAAACACUUGGCUAAUCGACGGUUGCAAAUAUGGGGGGGCAGCAUGACUGCGAAAGGUGUCCUCAUACCUGAAGAAGUACCUCCAUUCAUCAACAAAUAUCCAGACAUCAUCGCGCGCAUCAAGGCCACUGGCGCAUUCCAGUCUUCGCCUCACGGCGCGCCGAACCAUAUAAUCAUGAACGAGUAUCUUCCGGGCCAAGGUAUCAUGCCGCACGAAGAUGGACCCGCGUACCACCCAGUCGUAGCGACCCUCUCCCUCGGCUCCCACGCAGUCUUCCACUACUACCGCUACAAGCCGUCCACCACCGCCGACUCGGCCAGCAACCAAGGGCGCGCGAUCGACCCCGAUCCCGUCUUCUCCGUCUUCCUCGAGCCCCGGAGUCUAGUCAUAACCCGCGCCUCGCUCUACCAAACACACCUCCACGGCAUCGACGGGGUCCACGCGGACGUCUUUCCUGCACCUAGCGAUACAGCCUCGGGCAGUUCCGCUCGCAUCGCCAAUGUCGAAUUGCUAGGUGACGCGCCCACGCGGGAGCUCGUGGCCAACGGGGGAACGCUCGAGCGCCGAGCGAGGUACAGCCUGACGUGCAGGGACGUCGCACGCGUCGCGACUGGGCUGCCGGGCCUGAAACGGUAGACGCUCCUCUUUGUGUUCAUGUCUGGUAUGUGAGAGCCGCACCCAUCGCUCUAACAUGGCCGCUAGAAGUUGAGGUUGAGAUCGUUGAGAGCUUGGGUCCGCUCUGACUUCACGCAGUGAGGAAGCAGGCGCAUAAGUAACUAGGUACACUAUGAAAUGUCAACGACGAAGGUGGAUGGGUCCCUCACAUUAUCAAAAUUACUAGACAGUUCACGGCGAUCGUCCACGAGCUCUGUCAUUUGGGCAGAUGCACUUAUGCC